AUGGAUGAAAAUAAGUACUUCAAAGAAAAUUUUAUUUAUGUCGAUGUAGAAAAAGAAAAAGAGGAAAAGAAAAAAGUUUAUGUAGAAUAUAUAAAAAGAUGCUUUAAUUAUUUACUUAGACAAGAUGAUAAUUUCAUUUUAUUUACCUUAAAAAAAAAUGUCUCUCUGUUGUCCUACUUUUUUUCAUAUUUAUUAAAGUCAGAUCGAAAUUAUGACCAUCCAUUUGAAUUAUUAGGUGAUGAUAAAAAAUAUAAUGCAGAAUUAAAUUUGUGUAUUUUAAAUUUUUAUUUAAAAUUAGUAGAUAUUUAUUUAAAUAAAAACAUGUGUGAUGUUUUGUUUUUAAAGAAUGUUUUUAUAAAAAUACAUAUCAUGAUGGAUAUUAUUAUGAUGUGUUAUACUGUAGAUAAAAAAAAUAAAAGGAUUAAAACAUAUAUAUAUAAUAUUUAUAAUAAAACACAAUUUAAUUGUUUUUAUAUUUUUAAAUAUAUUAAGCAUCUAUAUGAAGAAUUAAAAAAUAUGAAAAAAAAAUUAGAGCAUUAUAUAACGUAUAAAAAUAAGAUAACACAAUAUAUCGUUCAAUUAAAUGAAUUACUUUUUACCAUAUAUUGUUUUUGUAAAUUUUUUAAAAAAUAUCAUUACUUUGAUAUAAAGGAAAAUAAAUUAUCCAACGAAUUAAUUAUCGUAAAAUUAAUGAUAUACACUGAUGAUAAAAACAAUAUUGACGACGACAGGAACAAUCAUACAUCUCAGGAUAUGUUGUUAAAGGGAGAUACAUCAUUUCUUUAUAUUUUUAUUCAAACAUAUGUUGAAAUGAUUAAUCAUGUUUAUGAUAGCCAAUUGAAUGAUGGUCAUAUGAAGGAUAUUUUAUUUCUAAGGUACCGAUAUAUGUGUAUUUUAAACAUUCUAAUAAAAUAUAAUUUAAAAUAUGGUGAUAGUAAAAACAGUGUAUUUUACUUUUCGCUUAUUGUGGAUAUGUUAAAAGAGAAAAGCAAUAAAACAAAUAUACAAUUCAUAAAAAAUGACAUACAAUUAUGUAAUUGGUUGUUUCUUGAUAAAUAUAUAUUAGAAGAAAAUGUAAUUGAUCUCUAUUUUUUUUCUUAUAUAAAUAAUUUUAUGAAUUUAAAAAACAAAAAACAAGUCGAACAAAUUAUUCAUAAGAAAUAUAAAAAUGAAAUCGAUCAAAUAAAAGAAAUAACAAAUGUAAACAAUAAUAAUUUUAUUUUAAAAAUUUUAAAAAAAUAUAAUUUUAACAUAUCUCAAUCGAUAGAAUAUAUUUUUAUGAACCAACUUAACCAGGAUAAUAAUCAAAAUGAUGAAAAGAGUGAUGAUGAUAAUGAUGAAGAUAAUAAUGAUGAAGAUAAUAAUGAUGAAGAUAAUAAUAAUGAUGAAGAUAAUAAUAAUGAUGAUGAUAAUAAUAAUGAUGAUGAUAAUAAUAAUGAUGAUAAUAAUAAUGCGCAAAACGUACAACAUACUGAUAAUAUAUUUUAUAAGAAAAAAAUGAAUAAAAUUUUACCAGGAAACGAAAAAUACAAUAACAUAGAUAAGGAUAUUAAUGAAGAUAUAUUAGAUAUGAAAAAUAAAAAAUUAAAUAAUGUGAUUGAAUUAUUAAAAAAACGCAAUAUAAUAAAAAGUACACAAAAAAAGAAAACACAUAAAUAUAAAUAUAUAAAUAAUACAUUAGAUGAAGAGAAUAAAAAUAAAAUACUUAACAUAAGUGAAUCAUCAAGCAAUGAUGAAGAAUCAUCAGAUAUGUCUUUAGAUAAUUUUAGAAACGAAAUUAUUAAUUCAAGUAAGUAUAGAAAAAAUGAAGUACAACAAGAUGAAGAAAAUGAACAACCUGCUAAUAUUAAGAAAGGAGAGAACACUCAAUUAUAUGAAAAGAAUCCCUUAUCGUUUAAAAGUAGCAGAAAUAAUUUAAACACUAUAAAAAAUAUAAAGGAUGAACACAAUAUACAAUCGGAUAACAAGAAACGAUAUUAUUAUAAAAAAACGGUUAAUAAGGGGCGAUCUCAUAGAAAUAAUUUUGACAAAAAGAUGAGCAAAGGGAUGUUUUGA